CCGGUGUUGAUGAUGGCUCUGCUGCCCAAAGGACUGUAGUUGGGGUCUCCGGCCAGGUCCCGCUCGGCCCUUUCCUUAGCGCGGUUCUCGGUUCUGUUCACGGCCCGGCCCGGCCCGGCCCUCUCAGAGUGAGACUGUCCAGGCGAACCUCUGCUCGCCGCCAUGCACGACGCCUUCGAGCCGGUGCCGAUCCUGGAAAAGCUGCCUCUGCAGAUCGACUGUCUGGCUGCCUGGGAGGAAUGGCUUCUUGUCGGAACCAAACAAGGACAUCUUCUCCUCUAUAGGAUUCGGAAGGAUGUUGGCUGCAACAGGUUCGAAGUGACACUAGAGAAAUCCAAUAAGAAUUUCUCCAAAAAGAUUCAGCAGAUCCAUGUGGUUUCCCAGUUUAAGAUUCUAGUCAGCUUGUUAGAAAAUAAUAUUUAUGUCCAUGACCUAUUGACAUUUCAACAAAUCACUACGGUUUCAAAAGCAAAGGGAGCAUCGCUGUUCACAUGUGACCUCCAGCACAUAGAGACUGGUGAGGAGGUGUUGCGGAUGUGUGUAGCUGUGAAAAAGAAGCUGCAGCUCUAUUUCUGGAAGGACAGGGAAUUUCAUGAAUUGCAGGGGGACUUUAGUGUACCAGACGUGCCCAAGUCCAUGGCAUGGUGUGAAAAUUCUAUCUGUGUGGGUUUCAAAAGAGACUACUACCUCAUAAGGGUGGAUGGAAAGGGGUCUAUCAAAGAGCUCUUCCCAACAGGAAAACAGCUGGAGCCCUUGGUUGCCCCUCUGGCAGAUAGAAAAGUGGCCGUGGGUCAGGAUGAUCUCACCGUGGUGCUCAAUGAGGAGGGGAUCUGCACACAGAAAUGCGCCCUGAACUGGACGGACAUACCAGUAGCCAUGGAGCACCAGCCUCCCUACAUCAUUGCAGUGUUGCCUCGAUAUGUGGAGAUCCGAACACUCGAGCCACGGCUCCUGGUCCAGAGCAUUGAAUUGCAGAGGCCUCGUUUCAUCACUUCAGGAGGAUCAAACAUUAUCUAUGUGGCCAGCAAUCAUUUUGUGUGGAGACUUAUUCCUGUCCCCAUGGCAACUCAAAUCCAACAGCUGCUCCAGGACAAACAGUUUGAAUUGGCUUUGCAGCUUGCAGAAAUGAAAGAUGAUUCUGACAGUGAGAAGCAACAGCAGAUCCAUCACAUCAAAAACUUGUAUGCCUUCAACCUCUUCUGCCAGAAGCGUUUUGAUGAGUCCAUGCAGGUCUUUGCUAAGCUCGGCACAGAUCCUACCCAUGUGAUGGGCCUGUACCCGGACCUGCUGCCCACAGACUACAGGAAGCAGCUGCAGUAUCCUAACCCCCUGCCUGUGCUCUCCGGGGCUGAAUUGGAGAAGGGUCACUUAGCUCUGAUUGACUACCUGACACAGAAACGGAGCCAGUUGGUAAAGAAGCUGAAUGACUCUGAUCACCAGUCUAGCACUUCCCCGCUCAUGGAAGGCACUCCCACCAUCAAGUCCAAGAAGAAGCUGCUGCAGAUCAUCGACACCACCCUGCUCAAGUGCUACCUCCAUACGAACGUGGCCCUGGUAGCCCCCCUGCUGCGCCUGGAGAACAAUCACUGCCACAUCGAAGAGAGCGAGCACGUGCUGAAGAAGGCUCACAAGUACAGUGAGCUCAUCAUCCUGUAUGAGAAGAAGGGGCUCCAUGAGAAAGCCCUGCAGGUGCUGGUGGACCAGUCCAAGAAAGCAAACUCGCCGCUGAAAGGCCACGAGAGGACGGUGCAAUAUCUGCAACACCUGGGCACAGAAAACCUGCAUUUGAUUUUUUCCUACUCAGUGUGGGUGCUGAGAGACUUCCCAGAGGAUGGCCUGAAGAUAUUCACCGAAGACCUCCCGGAGGUGGAGUCUCUGCCCCGGGACCGAGUGCUCGGCUUCCUGGUAGAGAAUUUUAAGGGCCUGGCUAUUCCUUAUCUGGAGCACGUCAUCCACGUCUGGGAGGAGACGGGCUCCCGGUUCCACAACUGCCUGAUCCAGCUGUACUGUGAGAAGGUGCAAGGUCUGAUGAAGGAGUAUCUCCUGGCCUUCCCUGCAGGCCAAACUCCAGUUCCUGCUGGAGAGGAAGAGGGUGAGCUGGGAGAAUAUCGACGGAAGCUCCUUAUGUUCUUGGAAAUUUCCAGCUACUAUGACCCAGGCCGGCUCAUCUGUGAUUUUCCUUUUGAUGGCCUCUUAGAAGAACGCGCUCUCCUGCUGGGGCGCAUGGGGAAACACGAACAAGCCCUCUUCAUCUACGUCCACAUCCUCAAGGACACAAAGAUGGCUGAGGAGUACUGCCACAAGCAUUAUGACCAAAGCAAAGAUGGCAACAAAGAUGUGUAUCUGUCCCUGCUCCGGAUGUACCUGUCGCCCCCCAGCGUUCACUGCCUGGGGCCCAUCAAGCUGGAACUGCUGGAGCCCCAAGCCAACCUCCAGGCUGCCCUGCAGGUCCUCGAGCUGCACCACAGCAAACUGGACACCACCAAGGCCCUCAACCUUCUGCCAGCAAAUACUCAGAUUAAUGAGAUACGCAUCUUCCUGGAGAAAGUCUUGGAAGAAAAUGCGCAAAAGAAACGGUUCAAUCAAGUGCUCAAGAACCUUCUCCAUGCAGAGUUCCUGCGGGUCCAGGAAGAGCGGAUUUUACACCAGCAGGUGAAGUGCAUCAUCACGGAGGAGAAGGUGUGCAUGGUGUGUAAGAAGAAGAUUGGGAACAGCGCAUUUGCGAGAUACCCCAAUGGAGUGGUCGUGCACUACUUCUGUUCCAAAGAGGUAAACCCGGCGGACACCUGAGCUCAGCGUGCCCAGGACUCAGCGGAUGGACAGCUUGGCCACCCCAGAGAGGGAAGCAGGCACCGCCUUAGGAAUCGGGCUGCUGCCACCACAGGUGUCUCCCAUUUGGACACUAUUGGCUCCCUUGCGCCCCGGAGCAUCUCUGAACUAAUCAGACUUGUGGUCUGGUGUCGUCAGCUUUUUAAUAGAAAAAGAUUAGAUAAACUUCGUAAACCAGGAUGUUGCAGGCAGUUCCAGAGAACUUAACACCUGCUUGGACUGGAGGAGGAGGUGAUGGGCACCGUCUUGCCUUUGCAUACCAAUCACCUGAAUCAGGAAACUGCCUCCAGCUUUUGCAACCCCAGUGUUUAUUCAGUUUUCCAUCAAGCCGCAUGCAGGACUUCACAAGGAGCCCUUAGCAUGGCUGCCGGAGUCCGUGAGAAGAGAGCAAACCAGGGCUCCUCCGCCUGCCAAGGCCAGACACUCCUCCUCUAGGUCACGACAGUCCCUUCUCCAUGGUCACCGUGCCGUGCCCCCGGGAGCCGCCCACUCCUGUCUUCAUUCCCAGUCUCCUUUUCUUUUGUAUCUCCCCUCACGGCUCCCCUCUCUUGCCCACUUUCCCGACACCAGGAGUAACAUAUGUAAGCAAGGCAGGGUGAGAAGCAAGGGGAAGUCCACUUUCCAGGGCUUCCUUGAUAGUUGGCUGUCAGGUGUGUAGUGAAUAGAUCCUCCUUGGACUGGACGCUCUGCCUGGAAGCUGAGCAGCGCGUCGUUCUCGGCCUAGGAAAGGCCUGUGCACCUCCCUGAGGGCCGAGUGUGGCGGAAGCUCUAAGGAUGGACAGCACCGCACAGGGUGUGUGACCUCUUAGGCUGCCACCGGCAGAGGCUCCUGCUUCUGUUUCACCCACCAGCCAUCCAGGCGGGUUAGCUUAGUCUUUGUGAGCGCGCGCUCUGUGCUUGGGCGCCUCUCUCUUUCCAGCCGGUGUGACCCACUUUCAGCAUGGCCUGGCCACCAUUCUCCAGCUGGUUUUGCAGAGGUUGGAGGGCUGCACUGGGAUAUCAGGUACACACAGGAAUGACCCGAUCAGGCACUGACAGUGACGUGGUGUCAGACAUACUUGUGAGGUGCUUGGGGACUGCGAGAGUGCUGCAGACGGCAGGAGCGGCAGCACCUGGGUGUAUGAACUAUCUCACCACCAGACCCGCUGAGCACUUGUGUGGGGGGAGACCCUGGCUCCCAGAGGCACCAGGAGUGUCUAGCACUGCAGGCGGAGGACACGCGGGAGCGGGGUCUGCACCCUGUCCUCCCUGGGGUUUAGCGGUGUCUGAAAUGGUAGUGAGAGUGAGUGGCGGGGCCCAACACUGACCCCCGCAGGGGUCUGUCCUUUGCCACUGUGCUGUUCGGGGCCUGUGCUGCAGACCGACUUGCUGUGUUGUAGACUAGGCUUCUCCCAGCACGUGCUCUGCGGAGGGUCUGAAGGAACAGCGAGUGCCGGUGGCACCUUCACAGAGAUGGGGGAUUCUGCUCGGGUUUUGGAGGCCGAGCAGCACUUCACAAGCGCCACCGUCCCAACUGGUCACACCCGCCCCCAGGAAGCAGUGCUGCCCUGGCUGUUAGUCCUCCAGGAGCAGCAGGGACGUCGGCAGGCCUGCCCUCCAUGGCGGCAGGAACUGUCCCCACCACUGAGCCCUGCCUCCAGGUCUGCUGUUGCUGUGUCUUCCAUUCCCACUACUUGUGUGGCACAUCGGUUUGAAGCACUAGAACGAAGAAUGUGUGCUUUCUCCCCUGCUGGAUACUUAAACGGCCCAGUUUUCCCGGAUUCCAGUCUUCCUUCCCUAGACUGUGCCCUCUGCGGUGGUGUGGGAAAGGCUGGCAGUGAAAGCUCUGUAGUGAGGACUGAUGAAGGUCUCGCGUAAUAAACAUCAUAAAGUAACU